AUGUCCUCCGCCUCGACCGCUGGCAAGGACUUUAUGCGUUUGACUGGCACGCCAUCUCCAUCAAAGCUCAUCACAACACCAAGUCCAGUGCGAACUAUAGGUGCCGGCAUGUUUCCUCAAUCAUCAGCGAGUUUCUCUCCAAAUCUCGAUGGUCAUGGUGAUGAGAAAGGCAGUGGUGAUCGCAUCACCAUCUCAGUCCAAAAUGCUCCCGAGGACUCCCAAUUCUCCCAACUCCCCGAGACAACCGACGAUCCUCUCAAGACGUUUCAUACUGCACUAGGCAUUCCACCGCCCAAACCCGCCGUCGUGAAAACAAGACGGAAUCUCCUCUUCAAAAAGAAACCACAUCCAAAUCCCCCUCCGCAGCCCAAGAUCUCUGGUGCCAACAAGGGAGUAUACAAUAAAGUACUUUUCAAUGAAAGGAAUUCGCGUUAUGUGUAUAAUUUCUGCGAUUGGCUUUUGACUGUGUGCAUGUUUCUCCAGAUUAUCGUUGGAGCUGCUGUCACUGCGUUGGGUGCUGGGAAUUCUUCCAAUGUCAUUGUCACUGUGCUUGGGGCGACUAAUACCGCUCUUGCGAGUUUGUUGGCGGUGAUGAAGAGUAAAGGGCUACCGAAUCGACUGAGACAAGACUGGAAUGGAUGGCGAGAGUUGAGAGAAUAUAUCGAGGAGAAGGAAAGGGAGAUUGAGUUCCGGAUGCAAGGUCAUGGGGGUGGGCUUGAUGGGUUUGAUAUCUGGGCUUUGGUCCGGGAGAUUGAAGCUAGAUAUCAAACGAUGAGGUUGACGUUGGAGGCGAAUCGUCCUGAUACUUAUAUCAAGGUGCCUCCCAUGCAUUUGUUGCCAAAAUGA